AAACAUAGGGUCCGGGUACACCCAUCUCACUAGUGACCACCAACUGAUGACUGAUGGUUCUCUCUGAGUGUGCACCGUAGUGCUCAUCGUCUGGGGAACAGAUAGGUAGAGAAGCCGAAAAGAGCAACCAGAGGUUGGCCGAUGGCUGCGGCGGAGACCUCGGGCAAGGCGGGGGCGCCGGGGAGGUGGUCUCUUCACGGCAAGACCGCCCUCGUCACCGGCGGCACCCGCGGGAUAGGGCGUGCGGUGGUGGAGGAACUUGCGGCGCUAGGGGCGGCCGUGCACACCUGCUCCCGGAAGGAGUCGGAGCUGGGCGAGCGCCUGAAGGAGUGGGAGGCCAAGGGCUUCCGGGUCACCACCUCUGUCUGCGACCUUUCCGUACGGGACCAGCGUGACCGCCUGGCCGGCGAGGUCGCCGAACGUUUCGGCGGCAAGCUCGACAUCCUCGUAAACAAUGUGGGGACAAACAUAAGAAAACCUACUACUGAAUAUUCUUCAGAAGAUUACUCAUUUGUCAUGGCCACUAAUCUUGAAUCCGGGUAUCAUUUGUGCCAACUUGCACAUCCUCUUCUAAAAGCAUCUGGUUCGGGCAGCAUUGUUUUUGUAUCAUCUGUUUGUGGAGUAGUAGCCGUAUUUAGCGGCACUAUAUAUGCUAUGACUAAAGGUGCCAUCAACCAAUUAACCAAGAACCUAGCAUGUGAAUGGGCAAAAGAUGGCAUAAGAGCCAACUCUGUUGCUCCAUGGUACAUAACAACUUCACUUACGGAAGGACUUUUGGCGAAUAAGGAGUUUGAGGCCAGUGUUGUGAAUUGUACUCCACUUAGGCGUGUCGGAGAACCAGGAGAAGUAUCAUCGCUGGUUGCUUUCCUCUGCAUGCCUGGUUCCACUUACAUAACCGGCCAGACGAUCUCUGUGGAUGGAGGUAUGACUGUCAAAGGGCUCUAUCCAAGUUAAACAGUAUCAGGGAAGACACUGCGUUUCUCGUUGUUGCCCAGGAGGCAACCAUAUCAUCUUGUGUUCUUGGCAAACCAGAAUAAAUAUUCAUGUAAACUGAGCUCAUCAUAAAUCCAGACCACGGUCAUUAGCCAUUGUUGAAGCCAGCCAUGUGAAGAAGGUUAUGGUCAGAUUUAUGCGAUGCCUUGCCGCGCUUUAAUUUACCAACGCACACAAUGUAUUCUUUCAGCUUCUACACUUGCCGUUCCAGUUAUUUAUCA